AUGGCCCUUGGCUGUCUCAUCACGUUGCUACUCGUCCCGUCGCUUGUCUCGGGAGCUGCCAUGCCCUCGCAAGGCGGCGACUCGUCACAGCAGGCGCAACAGAUGGCGGACGAAGCGGUCAAGGCGCUACAGGCCAGAAUAGACCAGAUAAACGCCGCUCUCGCGAAAGUCACGGCGGAGAAGCUGCAGGUUCAGAAAACCGUCGCGCAGCUUGCCGAAGUCGUGAAGAACAAGGCGGCUGCUUUGGCCCAGGCAAAAGACACUGCGAGUGCUGCGACGAAGGCGAAGAUCGCCGCAAUCGCGAAUGCGAAUGCGAAAGCGGCGGAGCUCGCGAAAAACGCGGACAUUGUGAAAAAGGCGAAAGCCGUGGCAGAUGCAGCGGGCAAGGCGACGACCAAGGCGCAAGCAGCUCUCCAGAGCGCAAAAAAGAAGGCGGCAAGUUCGCCGACGAAGGCUAACGCGGCCGCGCUGGAUAAGGCACAGAAGGACUACGACGCGAAGUUCGCAACGUCGCAAACGGCGCUCGCGAGCCUCGCGACUGCAAAUUCCGCCUACUCCACAACCGCCGCAGAUAAAGCUGCAGCGGAUAAGGCGGCGGCGGAUGCGACGGCGAGGGAGAGGGUAUCGUUGAAGCAGGCUUCCGAUGCGGAGGCAGAUCUUAACGACGCGAAUAAGCAGAAGAGCUCGGCGGACAAGCUCGCCGCGGAGAAGGAGGCGGCGGAAAAGGCGGCGACGUCCAUGGCGUCGGCAGCGCGAAUUGCGGCGGACAGGGCGGCGUCGUCGAUGAUCACGACUGUGACUACAACGGGGCUGUCGUCUACCGCGACCGUGACGUCGACGACGAAUACCAACAGCUCAUCUACCGGCAGCACCUCUACGUCCUCCUCCUCCUCCUCCUCCUCUUCCGCGAUUCUCGGCAGCGCGGUCUUUAACGACGACAAGUAUAACUACGCCGUGGGGAUUAACGACUGCGGCCCGCCCAACGACGUCACCUGCAGCGACGCGCCGACGACCUCCACGGGCCGACUCAGCCGAUACGUUAUCCCCAACGGCGGGCGAUGCGCGGGCGCAGUUGCGCCGGUGUGCGCGGGAGGCGGAAUAACGUCGGCGGACUGCGCAACCGCAUGCGCAAACAUGGUCAACUGCACCUUCUGGCAGCACUUCCCCCCUCCUGAAGCGACGCAGUGCACCAACUGCGGAGUGUGCUUCCUCUACAAACCCACUGACCCCGCACCCAAGUGCCAGACCACCAUGAUCUUCGCAGGAGGCCUCAACCGUCUAGAGGCCAACGUCUCCAGGCUCGGCCGACCCUGCACCAUCAAACAGCCGCCGCCGCCUCCUCCCCCGUCUCCUCCACCUCCCCCGUCCCCGCCUCCUCCGUCUCCUCCUCCCCCGUCUCCCCCUCCUCCCACCCCAACCGCAACAAUUCUGUGGAACGACGGCAAGUACCCUACUAUGGGCGUGACAACGUGCACGGCUCCUCUGGACAUCCCCUGCACGGACAACUGCACGGAUAACAGCGGCCUUAGUGGCCGCUACAUGAUUCCCAAUGGCGGGCGCUGCGGCACUGGCUUGACUCCCCGGUGCUUCGGCAACGCUGUUCUGCGCCGGCAGUGCUGCGCGGCGUGCACCAACUCGACUGCGUGCUCCUUCUGGCAGCACUACAUCCCGUCGUCGCUCGCGUGCUCCAACUGCGGUAUCUGCUACCUGUACAAGCCCACGGACGCGCAGCCCACUUGCGAGACGCGCACGGUGGUUGUCGGCGGCGUGACGCGCACGCCAUGUAAACGCCUGGAACACCUCGCACGAGUGCACCUCGCCUGCCUCCCCAGUCUCGACUUGCACCUGGCUGGCAUGCCAAGCCAAAGCUUCAGUUGA